AUGCAGCCUCUUCUCCAGCAACUGCCCGGCCCGCAGCGUCUGCUACAGUCAUUCACCGGAGCUCUCAGCUUGUUGGGCUCUGAUAGUAGUAAUAGUCCUCUGCACCAGGAAGACGGCAAAUUUUCUACCUGUCCAUUACCGGAGCUGAGCUGCAAGACCCAGUUUGACAGCCAGGAUACAUGCUGUUUCAACUACCCUGGCGGUCAUUUUGAGCAAACCCAGUUCUGGGAUGCGGAUCCGGCUGUUGGUCCGGACGAUUCUUGGACGAUACACGGACUGUGGCCCGACCAUUGCGAUGGAGGGUUCGACCAGUACUGUGAUAACCGCAGGCGGUACAGCAACAUAUCACUAAUCCUCGUAGACUCUGGCCGCGGAGAUCUACUUGAAUACAUGCAAAACUACUGGAAAGACUUUCGCGGAGACGACCCCAAUCUCUGGGAACACGAAUGGAACAAGCACGGGACUUGCAUUAGCACCUUGGAAACCAAAUGUUACACGGAUUAUAUCCCGCAGGAAGAAGUAGUAGAUUACUUUGAUAAAGCCGUUGAGCUGUUCAAGGGACUUCCUUCUUAUGAGACCCUGUCCGAAGCUGGCAUUGUGCCAUCGUACGACGAGACCUAUAACCUCGUCGACAUUCAAAACGCGCUUAAAGCAGCACACGGAGCCGACGUCACAAUAAAAUGUCGCCGAGGCUCUCUGAAUGAAAUCUGGUACCAUUUCAACGUAGGCGGCCGACUACAAACCGGAAAAUUUGAACCCACCGAGCCAGUCGGCGCAGCAUCAAAUUGCCCCAGAUCAGGCAUCCGCUACCCUCCCAAACGCUCAGCGCCGCCUCCGCCUCAUAGGCCUCGUCCAACAGCCACUGAUGGACCGGGGGGUCCCGAGCCUACUGGACCAGCGCAUCCGCGUCAGGGGAACUUGAGGGUAUACAACACGUUGAACCAGCAGCGAGGAUGUCUGAUCAGCCGUGGCACGUGGUUUACUUCCGGUACAUGUGCGACUUAUAGAGCCAAGGACGUCACCGGCGGUUUCCACAUUCAAUCUCGCAGAGGCCCUUGCGGGUUUGUCAAGGAUGCUUUUACAUGCGGUUAUCAAAUCCACAACCCUGCACUCUUCACUAUUGGCGACGAUAAUCUACUCUCAUACAACGGAAACAGCACUUUCUUCGCCGACAAGGUUCCCAAAGGCCAUGUCCAAAGCAAGAUUUUCGCGCAUGGGGGUGUUGAUAAUCAUGCCAUUGAGCUGAAUGUUGCCUGGUUUGAAACUUAG